CAGCAGACCCCCCGUGACCCUGUAAGGAUAUAGUGGGUUGAAUAAUGGAUGGAUGGAUGCAUAUAACCUGACAAACUCACUCGAACGGACCUCAAAGGCACGGGUCCUGGGGCGGUCGCUCUACUUGCAACCCUCAAACGCCGCUCUUGUAGUGCGAGGCAGCUGUGCCCACCGAGUUUUCUUUUUAACUAAAGAGCCUAAUAAAUUUACAAGGCAAACCACGUCAACGCCCUCUCUUCGUGCCGCCCGUGUCGUGGCUGGCACGUCUGCCAGUGUGGGCUAGCCGCAGGUUCUGAGAGCGCAGCACACGCACGCACACGACUCGUGUUUGAAUACAGCACCGAGUUACGAGUUUGUGAAGUCGGCUCACCCCGGCCAUUAUGUGGUUUCUAACUGGUAACUUCGUUUUUUUUUUGUUUUUUUUCUUAGGACGGUAAUAAACUGAAAUGCGUGACUACGAAUAAUACAAUGAAGUUUAAAACAUUGGCGAUUGUGUGUCCCCUUGAUGUUUGUGCGCACACACACACCACGAGCCCGACAUCUCCAUGAGGAAGUCUGUGGUGUGCUUGUUGAAGAGUGAGAUGGAGGAAGGAGGGGGGGCAGCCCAGAAAUGCGAAGGAGGUCAAACGGCGGCUUUCCUUUUCAGCUUCUAAAGCGGGUCUGCUGGCUGAGGAGACUAUCGGCCGCCGACACCCCUUGAACACCCGCCUCGCCGUCUGUUCUGUACUUCAUUCGCACAGUACUCACUCUCCAUGACAGGUUAAAUCAAUUUCAAGAUUUCCCAUCCCAAGCACCUCUUCCUCUCCACCCACCACCAUGAACGUGUCCAGUCUCAGCUGGUGUUUCCUGGUUAAUUUACCGCCGUUGCCGAAGACCAAUUCCACCAGCAGCAUCACGUCUCCCUGGUUCUCCACCAUUUUCUGCAUCAUUGGCCUCAGCUCCAAUCUCUUUGCAUUGUUCGUCCUUCUGAAUGCCUACCAACGGACCCAGAGCAGCUCCCGAUCUUCGUUCCUCAUCUUUCUUUCUGGUCUUGUGGUGACGGAUUUCUUGGGCCUGCUGGUGACCGGAGCAAUUGUUGUGACGUACCACUUUAUGCACUUUAGUUGGGAAAUAGUGGAUCCCUGGUGCAAUCUCUGCAACUAUAUGGGCAUCUCGAUGGUCUUUUUUGGGUUGAGCCCACUGCUUUUGGGAGCCACCAUGGCAGUGGAGCGCUACAUGGGAAUUAACCGACCGUUCUCCAGGUCGACCAGCACCUCGAAGCAGCGUGCUGUGCUUACUGUGGCUCUGGUUUGGGCUUUCGCCCUCUUCAUUGGCCUCCUGCCUAUAUUUGGAUUGGGCCGCUAUGAACUGCACUACCCGAAAUCAUGGUGCUUUUUCCGCAUUGCAUCUGAGGCUACGGAUUUGGCCUUCUCCUUAACGUUCUCCAUGGUGGGGCUCCUCUCUGUCGUGAUGUCCUUCAUCCUUAACACAAUCAGUGUGGUGACGCUCUUCAGGGUGUGCUGCAAUCGUGACACAGUGCAGAGGAGACGCGAUCACGAGGUCGAGAUGAUGGUGCAGCUCGUGGGAAUCAUGGUGAUUGCAUCCGUCUGCUGGAGUCCAAUGCUGAUCUUUAUUGCACAGACUGUCCUAUCUAACAGGCCUGUACAGAUCCGUUUCCUUCUCAUCUACCUUCGAAUUGCCACCUGGAACCAAAUCUUGGACCCCUGGGUGUACAUUCUUUUCAGAAGAUCAGUCCUCAAAAGGAUUUACCCCAAAAUCGGAAUUUCACGUUCCUCCAUCAUGACGUUAUAUCCGACCCUCACCACGUCACUACGGAGGAAACUGACCCAAGAGUCCGUGCUGGCAUGAACUGAACGACGGGUCGGGAAUGGAAGUCAAGCCAGAGGGGAACGAGUUCUGGUGGGUUCUUAGAGGAAAAAAAAGAGGAUACUGGUGAGCCAAAAAGAGAAUACUUGUGAGCUGUCGGCUCUGUCUACCAUGAAGAGGGAAGGCAACGCUUCAACCGACAGAAAAACUAUGCAAAAAAUUGGCAAUAUACUGUGAAAUUAUUGUGUAAAACAAAGCCACUUCAUCUUGAAAAGAAAGGAAACCAAGCCUUGAAACACACAGAUUUCCUUCUGCAUCACUGUCACAUAUAACAUACCCAGAAUGGAAAAUUGUGCAUACAUGUUCCUAAUUUUCAAGUGAAAAGAAACUAUUCUGAAUUUUUGAGCAAAAGUUAUUUCAUGAGAAUAGGUUUUAGUCGUUGUUAUGCAUCAAUUUACGGUAACAGUUGGCCCAAAAUUGAUUUUUAUACUAUGAAAAUAUUACCUAAAAGGAGGCAAUUUUUUUAUUGCAGAAAGGAAGGACACAAACCCCUUCUAGAACUGGAAUUUCACAUUUUCAAGUGGAAAUGAUUUCUGGUAUUUCUGGGCAAAAGUCAUUUCAUCGGACUCAAACCCCCUUUUAGUCAUCAGAAAGCAAAGAAAUUACCAGUACGGUGUGAAAUGAGUAUCAAGGUAGCCACUCUUUCGGUGUAAAAAUAAAGGACAGGAAACUUCUAGGAGUUCGGAUUUCCAUUUUAGAAUACAAAAGUCUAUUUGUACGCCACUGUCACGUAUAACAUACCCAGAAUGUGAAAUUGGGCAUAAAGGUUACAGAUUUUCAAGUGAAAACAAAUUUUGAAUUUUUGAACAAAAGUCAUUUUGUUAGAUUCAAGGAUACAGCUUAGUCUUCGGUAUGCAGCAAUCUAGGGUAGCAGGCAAUGAAAACUGCUUUAAUACUGUGAAAUUAGUCCAUAAAAGAAUGCCAUUCUUUUAUUGUAAUAAGACACAAAUCCCAUCUCAGAAGGUUUUCAAUUGGAAAUGAUUUCUAAUACAGUAUUUUAGGCAAAAUUCACUUAAUCAGACUCACACCCUUGUGAUGCCUCAAUUUACGGUAGAAGUAAAAAAAAUGCCCACUGCGGUGUGAAAUGAAUAUGCAAGGUCACUAGCUAUUCCUUCAGUAUUAAAUACACAUAUAAAAAA